AUGAAAUCUCUUCUCGGUAAUCUCAGGCUUUACAAGUUUGAUGUGCCUUGUGAGUCUGAUGUCGGUGUUGUAUUAGUAAGUUAUGGAGGUACUAAUGGUUGGCACACAUGUGAACGGUUUCGAUUGACGCGAUACACAGGACAAGGACGAGGAAGAGGUUCAAAAGCUGGAUUGUCCAAAGCAUUCGUAGAUUUGGUCGGUUGGUCUUUCAUGAUGCAACGCGAGUCCAACAUAAGUAAUCAGAUCUUCGACUAUAUUGUCUCCAAUUUUUCAUUCAAGGAUCUUGAUAUCGUACCUCCCGCGGUUUGGUCAAGAUCGUACAGACCUGUACCAAUUGCUCCACCAACGACGGAGAUCGUAGAUUGUUACCAAAGUUCGGAAUCUUGUUGUCUCUGUCAAAAAGGGUAUCCGAAAGAAGACGAGAUUGUUCAUAAAACAAAAUGCAAUCAUAUUUUUUACGGAACUUGUAUCUCUCGUUACUUGUUGCACACUCCUCGAUGCCCUGUUUGCUCCGUUGAGUUGCCACCUGUCGACAUCCGAACUUUUCUCUUCAUCUAA